GAAAAGGCCAAAUUUGGUUGGAAUUUCAUCAUCAUCAUCGUCUCUGGCUUUCUCGGGGAAGGCGGUUGCGGAGGAACAUCGAACUACACGUCUCCCCAUCUCUCCCGACACCACCACAACCAUAACCCGAACAUCAUUUCCCCAGGAGGUGGGAGUGCCAUGAGAGAGAUGCCCCCCCCGCUCGGAUCGCUUCGAUUUCUCCUCGUGUUGGCCUCGAUUCUCCUUCGACUUUCCCCAGGCUCUUCUGAUGACGCAUCGAGCUCCAAGAAUGGCACGAAAUCCGAGACUCAUGAUAAGUCCAGUGGUAACACAGGGUCUAUGGUACUGGUGGUAUUGGUCGUGAUCGUGGUUGUGGCCCUUUUCUCUUUCGUUUUUUACAAGUUAUGGCAAAAGAAGAAGCGGGCUGAGCAGUAUGCACGGCUUCUCAAGUUGUUUGAAGAGGAUGAUGAGCUCGAGGUCGAACUUGGUCUGCGAGAUUGAAUUUUCACGGCGGACUAUUCAUUAUUUGUAGGUGAGACGAAGAUGUUUCUGUGUUUAUAUGAUUAUAUAUGAGCAAAGAUUCUAUUUUGUCCUCAUGAGGUUCAUUGUGAGGUUGGAAUCUACUAUGUUUGGGCUCAUUUUCCAUGAACUUUGGAAGGGCCUGUUGGUGACGGUAGGGUUUGUAGCGUGGCUGAGAUGAGUCCUUCUCUUGCAUAUCUUUGCAGUGCCAACAGGUCCACAGCAGCCAUCUUGUAGUGUUCAAAUGUUAGGCAGUCUAUAAUGAGAUGGAAGUUUUUUUAA